AAGCGAGGGCCCUGGCUGGCGAAUUGAGGGAUAGCGAUGACGACGACGGAGAAUGUGAACCACACAAUAUCAUGACCUGCAGGAUAUGCCAGCUGUUUGUACGAACCGUCGACAGGCUGCUGGACAAGUCGGAGGAGCUAAUGGAUCAUUACCUACCUCUUACCGAAGAGGAGAUUGGAAAUCUGAAGAAAGCUGUCGCAGAGAUAGAAGAUACGUCCAUAGACCACCGGAUGCAAGCCUGCCUUGUGAGGAUCAACGAUCUGUCCAACAAACUCCGCCAAAGGGCCUACAUGAUGGCACUGAGCAAGCUGCGCUUCACGAGGCGCAGUACCCAAGCGAGCAUCAGUCAGUUUCACGAGACGUUGGACGUGAUCGAGCAGGUGCAGCACAGAGCAGAGCUGGAGAUUGGUCCGUCCAACGAACGAAUGAGCAUGGUCUGCGUGGAGUGGAGCGCGAGCCCGCGGCGGGAUUCUGUCAGAGUAAAUGAAGAUUUCAGCACCCUGGACACUGGGGUGCCUUGUGUUCAGAGCACCGUGAUCGAGAGAGAAGGACCUGGGGAGCCUCGCGAUCACAGCACCACGAUUGAGUGCGAGGAAAUCGGGCUGUCUGAGGCUCACAGCACCACAAUCGAGUGCGAGGAAAUUGGGGUGCCUCCUGCUCAGAGCACCACGAUAGAGUGUGAGGAAACGGGGCUGCCUCGUGCUCACAGCACCACAAUCGAGUGCGAGGAAAUUGGGGUGCCUCCUGCUCAGAGCACCACGAUAGAGUGCGAGGAAACUGGGCUGCCUCGUGCUCACAGCACCAUCAUAGAGUGCGAGGAAAUCAGCCACCCGGAGGUCGAGAUGGUGCCCACAGGGGUCAGCCCCCCAGAAAUAGUUGAGGUGCCACCCCCACCAAUAAUCAUCCCGGUUGAGGUGCCGCCCCCACCAAUAAUCAUUCCGGUGAAAGUUGAGAUGCCACCCGCCCCGAUAAUCAUCCCAGUGAAAUUUGAGAUGCCGCCUCUACUCCCCAGUCCCCGCAAGAAGGUGCAGGUGCCCAAGGACCGCUCCCACAGAGAUGUGUCUAACAUAACAUUAACGGCACCAGGUUGCGAUGAGGAGGAUGAGAUCACCCUACGGCUGCGUGAUGAGGAAGAUGAGAAUGACAGCCCUACCUCUGAGAUAGAAGCCAAGACAUUGGCAAAGUCCCGAAGCCUGAUCCAGAGCCUCCACGGCACGUACGAGAACCUCGUGGCCAGCCUGAAAGACCUCCCAGAAGAGCUCCAGAACAAGCUGUCCCAAACCAGCAGGCACAUAAAGGAGCUCCAGUGCGAUUUUGCCUCAGCCCACAAUUUUGGAGAUUUGGCUGACAAUGUCUUGAACAAGAGUUUUGCAAUCAUGGCUGAAGCCCAGGGCUCCAUGGAUGAACUGAUGGAGUAUGCUUUGCAAAGUCCUGAAUCUCUCUUGUGGUUGAAGGACCACCUUCCUAACCCAGACAUGACUGAGGAAGAGGUGGUGAAGGAUACCGCCAUUUUCAUGGAGAAAGAAGAGGAGGAGGUCCAAUCUUCUCACAAUCAGGAGUUGGAGCGGAACUCAAUGAAAAGCCAAAAGUCGUACGAGCAAAAAGGUGGUGAUGAGGAAACUUCUUCAAACAAGGAAGAGGAGGCCCAAUCUUUGCACAAUCAAGAGUUGGAGCGGAACUCAAUGAAAAGCCAAAAGUCAUACGAGCCCAAAGGUGAUGAUGAGGAAGCUUCUUCAAAUAAGGACGAGGAGGUCCAAUCUUUGCGCAAUCAAGAGUUGGAGCGGAACUCAAUGAAAAGCCAAAAGUCAUAUGAGCCAAAAGGUGGUGAUGAGGAAGUUUCUUCAAAUAAGGAAGAGGAGGUCCAAUCUUUGCGCAAUCAAGAGUUGGAGCAGAACUCAAUGAAAAGUCAAAAGUCGUACGAGCCAAAAGGUGAUGAUGAGGAAGCUUCUUCAAAUAAGGAAGAGGAGGUCCAAUCUUUGCGCAAUCAAGAGUUAGAGGAGCGGAACUCAAUGAAAAGCCAAAAGUCAUAUGAGCAAAAAGGUGGUGAUGAGGAAGCUUCUUCAAAUAAGGAAGAGGAGGUCCAGUCUUUGCACAAUCAAGAGUUGGAGCGGAACUCAAUGAAAAGCCAAAAGUCGUAUGAGCAAAAAGGUGGUGAUGAGGAAGCUUCUUCAAAUAAGGAAGAGGAGGUCCAAUCAUUGCACAAUCAAGAGUUGGAGCGGAACUCAAUGAAAAGCCAAAAGUCGUAUGAGCAAAAAGGUGGGGCCAAGGAAGCUUCUUCAAAUAAGGAAGAGGAGGUCCAAUCUUUGCGCAAUCAAGAGUUAGAGGAGCGGAAUUCAUUGAAAUCCCAGAAGUAUGAACAAAAAGGUGGGGCCAAGGAAUCUUCUUCAAAUAAGGAAGAGGAGAUUCAACCUUCUGGCAAGCGGAAGACAGAGAAGCAGAACUCACUGAAACUCCAACAGGUCUACGAGCCAAAAGGUUGUGACGAGGAAGCUUCUACAAAUAAGGAAGAGGAGAUUCAACCUUCUCACAAGUGGGAGAUGGAGGGAAGGAGCAUCCUCAAAAUACAGCAGGCUUAUGACCCCAAAGGUUGUGAUGAGGAUGAUUCUACAAUUAAGGAAGAGGAGGUUCAACCUUCUCACAAGUGGGAGAUGGAGGGAUGGAGCAUCCUCAAAAUACAGCAGGCCUAUGACCCCAAAGGUUGUGACGAGGAAGAACCUUACAGCAAGGAGGAAGUGGUCCAAAGUUCUACCAAACCGGUGGAGGACAUCCUGAAAAUCCAGGCGACAUAUGACCCCAAAGGUUGUGAAGAUGAAUCCUAUACGGGCAAGGACGACAACAAAACUCCUUCCAGAAAAGAAAAGACCCCACCUUCUGGCAAAAAGGAGGCAAAGGAGUGGAAUAUACUGAAAAUCUUGCAAGCUUACAAACCAAAAUUUGCUGAUGAUAGAUGGGAAGAGGUGGAGGAGGACGUCGCACCUACUAGCCAAGAGGAGGACAAAGAGCGGAAUAUACUGAAAAUUCAAGAGGCCUAUGACCUGAAAGGUUGUGAUGAGGAAGCUUCUAUGAAUAAGGAAGAGGUUCAACCAUCUGACAAGCGGGAGAUGGAGGGGUGGAGCAUUCUCAAACUCCAGCAGACUUACGACCCGAAAGGCUGCGAUGAGGAAACACCUUCCAGUAAGGGGGAGGAAGCGGUCCAACUUUCUGGGAAAGUAGUGGAGGACAUCCUAAAAAUCCAAGAGACCUAUGACCCCAAAGGCUGCGAUGAUGAGUCCUAUGCGGGCAAGGGGGAGAAGGUGUUCCGGACUUCUGAAACACAGGAAGUGGAGAAUGACGAAGCUCCUUCUAUGAAAGAGGAGACCCCACCUUCUGGCAAAAAGGAGGCAAAGGAGUGGAAUAUACUGAAAAUUUUGCAAGCUUACACACCAAAAUUUGCUGAUGAUAGAUGGGAAGAGGUGGGGGAGGAUGUUGCACCUAUUAGGCAAGAGGAGGACAAAGAGCGGAAUAUACUGAAAAUUCAACAGGCCUAUGACCCAAAAGGUUGCAACGAGGAAGCUUCUAUGAAUAAGGAAGAGGAGGUUCAACCUUCUGGCAAGCAGGAGACCGAGGGGUGGAGCAUUCUCAAACUCCAGCAGACUUACGACCCCAAAGGCUGCGAUGAGGAAGCACCUUCCAGUAAGGGGGAGGAGGAAGUGGUCCAACCUUCUGGCGAACCGGUGGAGGACAUUCUGAAAAUCCAGGCAACCUACGACCCCAAAGGCUGCGAUGAUGAAUCCUAUACAGGUAAGGAGGAGAAGGUGUUCCGAACUUCUGGAACACAGGAGAAUGACAAAACUCCUCCUAGGGAAGAGAUCCCACCUCCGGGGAAAGAGCAGGCAAAGGACUGGGAUAUAUUUAAAAUGCUGAAAGUUAAUAUGCCGAAAUUUUCUGAUGGUGAAUCACCUUCCAGCAGGAAGGAGAUGGAAGUCCCACCUCCCAGCCAAGAGGAGGACAAAGAGCGGAAUAUACUGAAAAUUCAACAAGCCUAUGACCCAAAAGCUUGUGACGAGGAAGCUUCUACAAAUAAGGAAGAGGAGGUUCAACCUUCUGGCAAGAUGGAGAUGGAGGGAAGGAGGAACAUCCUGAAAAUCCAGCAGGCUUACGACCCAAAAAGUUGUGAAGAGGAAGCACCUUCCAAGACGGAGGAGGUGGUCCAGCCUUCCGGCAAACCAGUGGAGGACAUCCUGAAAAUCCAGGCGACUUAUGACCCCCAAGGCUGCGAUGAUGAAUCCUAUACGGGCAAGGAGGCAAAGGUGUUCCGAACACAGGACCAUGACAAGGUGCUGAAAAUCCUGCAAGCUCACACGCCAAAGUUUUCUGACAGUGUGUUGCCUCCUGGCAGGGAGAAAGCGGAAGUGCCGGUGGCCCCACCUCCUCAAAGGGAGGUGAGGGAGUGGAACAUACUGAAACUCCAACAGGCCUACGACCCCAAAGAGUGUGACGACGACUCCUCCAUCGGCAGAGAGGAGGCCCAGCCUUCUGGCAAACCGGAAAUGGAAGGCUGGAACAUCCUCAAAAUCCAACAGGCCUAUGACCCAAAGGGAUGCGACGACGAAAGCCCCAAGGAGGAGUUCCAACAUUUCGGCCAGUGGAACCUGCAGGGAUAUAACCUACUGAAGAUACAGCAAGCCUACGACCCCAAAAGCUGCCCCGAGGAUGAUAAAUAAGGCAAGACUCUGAAAGAGCAGAGCUAGCUACACGCUUCUGGCCCCAAUAAAGCUGGCAAACUGGGGUGGAUUUCACUUGAAAGGCUUGCCCGAGUUUUCCAAGGGACGGGUCUGGGGCUUGGUCACCAAAAUAAGAGAGGCAAUUUGGAACUUCAUUUCAGCCAUUGAUGUGUUUUGCUUGGGCAGUACCCCCUUCCCCGCUGGGCCUAGGCUAUACAGGACAAUGGGCAUGGCUGGCUGUGGUUUCUCCUGGUGCCCUGCUUGUGAGAGUAAUUUUCUAACAAUGCAAGCCUGCUAGGUGCUGAUGGGUGGAUUUUAAGUCUCGGGGGGGGGGGUAGAGGAUCGGACUAAAAGGCCAGGUGGGACGGAGGAAUUCCCUCUCACAAGAUGGAAUGGAAUUCCAUCUUGCAAGAUGAGCCAUGGGUAGUUUCGCAAGGGGUUGGACGAGAUGAUGCUCGGGGUCCCUUUCCAGCUCUAUGAUUCUAAGAGGCAGUGAUGGCCACUAACUCGGAUAUCUUUAAAAGAGGAACAGACAAAAUUCGUGGAGGAAAAGGCUACGUGUUGCUAGUAACCUGGGAUGGCUGUCAAACGCAAGUAAUGCUUCUGAGCACCAAUUGCUGGAAAACACGGGGGAGGGGGAAUGCUCUUGUGCUCAAGUCCUCUUUUUGGGACUUCUCAUGGGCCACUGUGAUAACAGGGUGGACUAAAUGGGCCACUUAUGUCCUUACUGGACAACUUAUCCCCAUUUUAUUCUCAUAACCCUGCAAGAUAGGGUCUUACACUGUAACACCCCCCUCCCCCCGGUUUCGGCUGCAACUGAUACUUCUUCUGGUACACCCACCUUCUGAAUGAAAUUUUCAGGUAACAUUUUCCCUCUGCUUCUGUGCCUGCCCCCCCCCCCAGUGGCUGGAAGCUAAUGCCCACAGUGAGCAUCACAAAUAGGCAGGUUAUCCGUAUUAUAGAUACAUCUCUACUUUCCAAACAAGACAGGUGUGAGGAUGACACCACCUGCCGUUGUUGAUCUGAGGGCUGCACCGCGCCCGCCAAAAAUAUAUAUAUGAAGGUAUAAAAUGUAUUAUCGCAAAUGCAUUUACUGAAAUUUCUCUCUCUCCCUGUGUCCCUCCUGAAGCCUUUGCCACUGAAAGCAAACUAGAUGGGCUUUUCUGCUGGCCAAAUCUCUCUGCUUAUCCCAUAAAUCCAGCAGGUGUUUUGAGAUUUUGACAAAGGGAACGAAGCCUCACUCACUGCUAUUCGAUUCAGAGAACUAAUGGCAAAGCCUAUUUGAUGGCCCGCCAACCUUUAACAACAAACAAACAAACAAAAAACAGACUGGCACAAGUGGAAGUCAGAGCUGUUUAAAAAACCUUCAUCUUGAUGUUUUAUCAAAUUAAAGCUUAGUACUAUUAAUUGAUUUGAUGUAUCACACACCCUUCAUCAUAACAAUUUAAAACACAGCAACAAAAAAUUUAAAACUGGACCCUUUAGGAGAGCUUAAAAAUUUGUGGGGAACAGGUAUGGGGGCGCUAUUGCAUCAGAUGGGAAAUAGAACAAUAUGUGGUCUUCUAUGCUACGCAAAACCUGCUUCUGCAUACAAUCAGGAACACUAAAAUUUCAUGUAUGUGGCACCACAGACUGAUAACAGUUGUCCUGUGACUUCAGCAAUGACACUGCUCUGCUGGCAGGGAUAUGGGGCAUGAUAAAUGUUCUUUUACAUUCAUGGCAGUAGUUCCCACUUUCUUUUUUUGUAGGUUUCAGGUCUCUGGUACAUACAGGUCCAACUUACCGAACAGAAGGCAUUCCCUGGAAAUGCUUCGAUUGGCAAGCGCUCACGUUACGAAUCGAUGACUCCCACUGAUUCCUAUGGGCAAAUUUCUAAUGCGUUCCUGACCACAGAAUUUUGACUCCAAAAAGAACUGGGGGAACACAGCAGGGAAACGCUCUCUGAUCACUUUCUGCCCCCUCAGCCAAAGGCAAUCAAGGAAUUUUUAAAAGUUCCAUGUUUGGAAAUCUGAAUUUUCCAGUAUGUUAAAGCGAGGUUUGGGUACAACAAAAGGCAAUCAAGGAAUUUUUUUAAGUUCCAUGUUUGGAAAUCUGAAUUUUCCAGUAUGUUAAAGCGAGGUUUGGGUACAAAUUCAUCGUGCCCAGAUUAGUAAAUCUUUGCACAGCGAACUGGGACCUGUGUGUACCUUAAAAACUGCUGUACAAAAUAUAUCGGAAACGUUAAAAUAGUGUAUGUUCAGGAAAUGGGUAAAUGGAUAACAGAUGGAUAAGGAUAAGAAGUUAACAAAAUAAAUAUUGUAAUGUAAGGUCAGUUUAGGGAAUGGAAUGUGAAUUAGAAACAACUGAGAAAACAAUGACCAAAUUAUGAAAACAAUGAGGAAAUUAUGGACACAUCGAGGAUGGAGUGCAAGAAGCCAUUUUUUUUGGGGGGGGGGAAUUGUAUUCAAUUUGUUUUAUAUGGGAUGGCGAUUCUCAAAAAUUGCCAAUGCAAGAACUGGUAAUAUACCAUGAUGAUGGAAAGCCCUUGUGGUAUAAAAAAGAUGUAUGGAACAGGGCGAUUGCAGAAAAGAUUACUCUGAAUAUAAAGGUUUCUAAAGGGACCCAGGUGGCGCUGUGGGUUAAACCACUGAGCCUAGGGCUUGCUGAUCCGAAGGUCGGCGGUUCGAAUCCCUAUGACGGGGUGAGCUCCCAUUGCUUGGUCCCAGCUCCUGCCAACCUAGCAGUUCGAAAGCACGUCAAAAUGCAAGUAGAUAAAUAGGAACCGCUACAGCGGGAAGGUAAACGGCGUUUCCAUGUGCUGCUCUGGUUUGCCAGAAGCGGCUUUGUCAUGCUGGCCACAUGACCUGGAAGCUGUACGCCGGCUCCCUCGGCCAAUAAUGCGAGAUGAGCACGCAACCCCAGAGUCGGUCACAACUGGACCUAAUGGUCAGGGGUCCCUUUACCUUUAAAGGCUUAGAAGAUCCCGAACGUUUUUAUUCUGUGUGGCAGGACAACCAACCUCUGGAAACUCUUGGAACUCUGAAUGCUUCCGUUAACAUCUUCUGAAUUCGUUGGCAAGAGAAUAGAUAUGAGGCCAUCUUUGUCAUUUCUGUUCUUUUUAAAUAUGUUUACUUUUGUACUUACAAAAAUAAAAUAAACAAAACAUCAAAAUGAACUCUCUUUCCCGCCCAUGUGUUCUUUCACCAUCCUGCUAAGCUAUUUUAAAAAGGAGGGUAGGAAUCUAUGGUUGGGAGGAGGGAGAGGAGA